AUGUUGGAGACAGUGCAACCGGGUCUGGGUGCGGCGCCUCUCAAGGGCGCGACGGUGGAGGUGCACUACGAGGGCCGACUCGCCGCGACGGGCGCGCCCUUCGACUCGUCGCGCUCGCGCGGCAAGCCGUUCAAGUUCACGCUGGGUGAUGGCCGCGUGAUCGGCGGCUGGGAGGUGGGCGUCGCAGCGAUGGCGCCGGGCGAGCGAGCGACGCUGACCUGCUCGCCGCAGUACGCGUACGGCGCAAAGGGCAUCCCCCCGCUCAUCCCGCCCGACUCGACCCUCCUCUUUGACGUGGAGCUGCUGA